AUGGGUGUCUUGCUGCUUGGAAUCUCCAUAAUGGUUAUGAGGCCAACAUCUUCAGAAUUCACGAAGGUUUUCCAUGAGAACAGGAUCGGGCAUCCAAAAGUUCUGGACGAAAUGCAAACCAUCACCAAACGGAAAAGUCGCUAUCACCGCAGCGCUCAUCAUCUCACCUUACUUGUGAAGACCGACUGCCGUGAAUGGUCUUCGAAAUUUUCUGAAAAAUGGAGAAUCGAUACGCACACCGGGAUGGCUCUACAGCAUCGAGACAUCAAAAGGAUUAUCAAAAUCCCUCGAAAUGAAGAAGCGACUCCAAGCCGUCAGGGUGACCAUGAGAAGUUUGGUGGCGGUCCGCGACCCGCAUUAAUGCCCCGAUCUGGCCAGACACAAUUUCCGGUUUCGAAAAGCCGUCCUUGCAGUCUCGAUUUACCACAUGGAAAAAAACGUCUCGAGUACGCUUGGGGGGCGCAAAUGUCGAAUUCGCAAGUGGUUGGCAUCCUGCCGGACGUAACCGCGGGUCCCUCUUCUGUCGGCGCAAUUUCACCAUUAUUCGAC